AUGAACAAGUCUGAUAGUAUUCACAAUUAGGAAAAUAUUGAUCCAAACAUCAUUCGUAACUCCUCUUCAUAACAAAAGAAGAUUCCUAGAAGUUCAGGAUAAAAAACACCAUGGAGUGCAAACACUGGAGAAAUUAGCCAUUCUACCAAUGAUGACAUAGAAAUAUCAUGUUUUUAAGUAGGACCAGUCAAAACUACUCAAUUAUCACCUAAUUAAGCCAUCGUAUGUUAAUCUAGAUUGGAGUAAUAUUUGACUUCGAAUAAUGUUCCUGAUAUACUUUCCUAUUUAGAUGAAUUUGAAGAUCUUGAUUGGGUCAAGUCCAAUUAUAUUACUCACAUUAUUGAGAUGAUAGUGAAAUAAGAGAAGGAAUAUUUGAAAUAGAGGAUUGUUGGAUUAACAGCUAUAUUAACAAGUAAGAAUUAUUUACUCACUCGAUAAAUCAUUAAGAUGAUCUUUAGUGUUUCAUCUAGAAUUGGAGCAUAAGAAGGCUAUUAUGCUCUUUAUGAAAUAGAUAACUUGUUAGAAUAAAUGAUAUAAAAAGAAGAAUUGUAAUAAUAUCAUUAAAUUUAAUAUUUUCCAUUGAUAUUAUAUUGCUAUGCUCAUUAAUUAUUGUAUUGGGGUUUAGUGGCAGAAUGUUGGGACCUAUUGAAAUUUAAGUUAAGCAAGGAGAUUAAUGAAUCAAUCAAAGACGAGUUUGAGAAAACAGCAUAAAAGAUCUGUGACAUGCUUUUAAGAUAAUUAAUUGAAUUAAGCAAUUCAAACAAUCAUUGGGUGUCAUUAAUUUGCAUCCAUCUGAUAUCUUCUUCAAUAAGUUAAUUGAUUAUGCCUUCAGAAAACAAUAAGUCACAAUGGCUGAAUUUCUUGCUUACCUUUAUGAGAGACAAUGCUAAGAUUCAACCAACAAUUGUCACUAUUAACACAAUGAUUGACUAGUAUUUCAAGAAUAAUCAGAAGGACAAAGCAUGGAAAACCUUUGAGAAUCUCAAACUCACAUCUACCAAACCUGACAAUUUCACCUAUACUACUUUAAUCAAUGGCUUAAAGAAUUCUGAUAAUAUGGAUCUAAGAUUAGCUUUCUAAUUAUUUGAAGAGUAUAAGUAAUACAAUCAACCCGAUUAAAUUAUCUACAAUUGUUUAUUAGAUGCUUGUAUAAAUGCUGGUGAUUUAAAUAGAGGAUUUUAAUUGCUGAAUGAGAUGAAAUAAUCAUAAUCAAUUUAAUUAGAUGAAAUCACCUAUAAUACAUUGAUCAAGGGAUGUGGAAGAAAGAAGAGGUUAAAUGAAGCCAUUAGUUUAUUUGAAGAGAUGAAAUAGAUUGGUAUCAAACCAAAUAGAAUAAGUUUCAACUCCUUACUUGAUUCUUGUGUUAAAUGCAAUAAGAUGAAUGUUGCUUGGAGAUACUUUGAAGAAAUGAGAAAAUAAUAUGGCAUCUUCCCAGACAAUUUCACUUACAGCAUUUUAGUUAAUGGCAUUAAAACUAAUCAUUCAAAUAGAGAUGAAUUACUAAGAGCCAUUACCUUAUUGGAAUAAAUUUAAGAAACUGGACAAUUCAAACCAGAUGAGAUUCUCUAUAACUCAUUGAUUGAUGCUUGCGUUAAAUUCAAUGAGAUCUAAAAGGGAAUGCAAUUAUUCAAAGAAAUGAAGAAUAAAUCAAUUGAACCAUCCUCAGUUACAUACGGUAUUCUUAUUAAGGCUUAUGGUAAAAUGAAUGAUUUGAAUGGAGCAUUCAGAAUGUUUGAAGAGAUGAAACAAAAGAAAAUACCAAUCAAUGAUGUAACAUAUGGAUGCUUGGUAGAUGCUUGUGUUAGGAAUGAUAGAUUAGAUUAAGCACUUUAAUUCAUUGAAUAAAUGAAAUCUCAAAACCUACCAAUCAACACUGUCUUAUAUACAACGAUCAUCAAAGGAUUUUGUAAGUUGAAUUAGACUGAAGAGGCUAUGAAAUAUUUCAGUUUAAUGAAAUAAAAUUAAAGAACAUAUCCAAAUCUUAUAACUUACAAUUCACUCUUAGAUGGAUUAGUUAAAAAUGGAUUGAUGAAUUAAGCUGAUAAAUUAUUCCAAGAAUUAGUAGAAUCAACAAUCAAGCCAGAUCUAAUUACAUUUAGUACUCUAUUGAAAGGACAUUGCAGAAGAGGCAACAUGAAGAGAUUGAAUGAAACUGUGUAGACCAUGUUACAUUACCAGAUCAAUCCUGAUGAAUCACUAUUACAAUUGAUUCUAGAAUCUUGCUUAAAUUAAUAAUAGUAUCACAAUGGUGUUCAAAUUUAUGAUUAGUUCCAACAUCAAAUUCCUCAAUCAACACAACUAUUAUUGAUUAUCAUUAGAUUACAUAGUCAAGAUAAGCAAUUAUCAUCAGCAAUCCCAUUGUUAAAUAGACUCUAUCAAUUGUUAGAUGAAAGUAGAAUAUAACACUAGCAAUUGGAAACCACCAUCAAUUCCUUAUUGAUCCAUCCACUUGAUGAGCAGACUUAUCCAAUAAUCACCAAAAUAGUCACUUUAGCAUUGAAAUCAGAUAUCAAUGUGAACAAUCUAGAUAAUCUAGUCUCUGUAGACAAUUCAGAGUUAAUGCUCUUAUUGUAGAAUACCAACUAGUUACCAUGCACUAAGUUAUCACAAAUCCUUAAUUAAUUGCCAGUUCAAGAUUAGUAAUUGUGCAGAGCAUACAUUUCAAAGAAUAAUAAGAAUGACUUGAAAGAACCUUUGAAUGAGUAGUUUGGUUAAGUGUUUUUGUAGUGUAACAGCAAUGGCAACAACAAUCAGAACAAGAAAACCAAACCAUAAGAGAGAUCAUCCCCGUUUAAUAAUGAAAAUAAGGAGAACGUGUAUCAUCCAAAGAAACAGUAUAACAAUUAUGCCAAAAAUGACUUGAAUGAGUACUUGAACAACAAGUCAUAUACCAAGAGAAGAUGA